UUCUGACUCAUAAUUUUUGUUUGCAAAUUACAAUUUCGUGCAUUGUUCGUGCACAUAUUAUGGUUUUAUAGGUACAUUAAAUCAUUAAAAUCACAUUAAAGUCUGUGCUAGCAGUAACAGAAGUAGUGCUUCCUAUAAGCUUUAGUACUUGCUUACUAAAAAAUAGUUCGAACCCUAGCAUGUUUUCAUUCUUCGGUAAGAAGAGGGCUUCUCCUGUAGAAGACGAGACACCUCCUAUACCCGGACCGAGGCCCGACGAUGGCUUCGUCGUCGUAGAGCCGGCCCCACCUGGAGGCGGAUUGUAUCCCAGCAUGGGAGGUUCGCCGUAUACAAGAAGGCCCGCGCCCGCGCCUCCCCUGCCGUCGUCCAGCGUGAGAAUUGAUCAGACGUUCCACUACCUACAAGGAGUUCCGUUCUCUCUGUCCCGGGACUUGCAGCUGUCACUGAGGAAAGAUGUGUAUGUGGUGGAGAUUGGGGAUGUACUGACAUUUUUGAUGAACAAACAGAGGAUCAAUAACUAUGACUAUGACUUCAGCUUGGAGAAGAGUGUUUUAAAGGAAUGUUAAUGUCUUAAUAUGAAGAAAGUGAUUCAUUAUGAUCUUAAAUAUAUAUAAAGAAAUCAAACUUGUUCAAAAUAUGCGAUUAAUUGUUGAUCAUUUCAUUGUAUUAUGUAUGGAAAUAGGCUUUAAUUUGUAUCCUAAUAAGUGAUAAGACAUAACUAUGAACAUUAUUACUUUAAAGUUAUCUAAAAAAAUAUUAUAAGUAAAA